UAGUAAUGAAAUAAGCCUUCUCUAUAUGGUAUCAAAGCUGUAAAAGGUUUCUGUCUUCCUUUUUUUCGAUCUUUUUUCCGCUGCCCUGCUCUCCUCAUGGCGUCAAAUAUCCCUUCCUCCUCUGCAAUCACCAAAGACACUACAGCGAUUCAACUUCAUUCCAAAACCCAUUUUCCAAUCAAGUUGGCAUCCACCAAUUUCGUAAUCUGGCAACGCCAGGUUCACUCGACUCUUAUCGGCUUGGACCUACUUGGCUACAUAGAUGGUACCAUGGUUGCUCCGCCCAUGGCUAUUUUCGGUUCCCCCAACCCGUGCUACUCUAUCUGGUUCCGCCAGGAUCAAUCCAUCGUUGGCGCGCUCCUGGCAGCUGUGAUGAUGUUGUUCAACCUCUCAUAUCCACUGCAGACACCGCACACGCUAUAUGCGAAUGAACUUGCUCUCAUUCAAAACCCUAUCUCUGAGGAAGAUCAUUCAGUCCAUGUUUUAAAUCAGGUUGGUGAUGACUACGAUUCCAUAUCCUCCGUUGCGUUACUUCGCCCCACGGCCAUCUCUUUCACGGAGCUUGGGGAUAUUUUAACAGAUCAAGAGCGCAAGCUUAAAUCAUCUGAUGAGGCGAAAUCAACCAUUGUUGCAACAGCCAAUUAUACACAAAAUCUUCGUGCUAGUCGCUCUCCUGCCCCUGUACCACAUCGUGAUGGUGGCAGCACUGUUUUCAAUGAUGCCUCCAUGACUGGCGCAAAGGAAAUUGGCACACCUAUGGUUGCUGAUGCUCUUUGCGUUCCCAUGGCUACUACCAAAACUGUUGAUACUACGGCUUAUCGGCGUCUUCUUGGUCGCUUACAAACAGAACAACCCGAAGUCGAUCCCCGUCGUGGUCGGGAUUCGGGAACAGAGCCACGCGCCGCCGCAGCGCCACCUCCCAAAACCGAUAAUCCAUCAAACGAAAGGCGAAAUGGAGAAAUUGCCAGCUUGAUCAUACAGGUUUCCUCUAUGGCGGCAUCUUCUCCUUCCCUAAACAACUCCAUCGCGGAUCCCUCCGCCGCCGGGGUCCCCUCCCCUUCUAACAUUAACUCAACGAAGAAUCUCCGAGGGCUUAAUAAGCCUAAGUGCAUCAAGUGCGGCAACGUCGCUCGGUCUAGGUGCCCAUUCCAGUCUUGCAAAAGCUGCUGUGCAAAAGCUUUGAAUCCCUGUCAUAUACAUGUUCUUAAAGGUCAAUCAAAUCUUCCAGAUAAAGCACCAUCUUUUGGCUCUCCUGCAGUAGACCCACAAUCCACUGAUACUUCUCACCCUGGGGCUUCUCACAGACCUGCUUCAUUUCGCCAGCUUUCGACAAAUUUUGCUCAGUUCAAUAAUUUGCAAACACCACUCAAGUCAAGGAAGCCAAUAACGAGAAAGGAUGCACAAGUUAUAAAUGAGUGGAGAUUUUCGAAGUUGAAGGAGUUCAGGGACAACAACAUUGAGGUUGAAAACGAGGCCUUCGACCGCUACAUGCAAAACGUAUGUUUGUUAGAGGAAGUGUUUGGAGUGGAUUCUUCACAGGACAGGCAACAAAACCAUGACGGCUCUUCCUCAGAAAACCCAAAACCAAAUCCCGAAGGGGAAGCAAUGGUAUCAAGGUUUAAGCUGCAGCUUAAAUCAAAUCCCGUAAGAAUUGAGAAUUCCAGGAAGAGGAUGCAAUCCAUUGUCGAAAAGGGGCUACAAAAGCUCAGGAAGUUGGAGUCUGGCGAAGCCACCGACAAAGAAGAUAUCCCCCAAAACCCAGAGACCAAUAAUAACAAGUCUCCGAAUGCCGAGUGGACUUUGGCCAUGACCGAUCUAACGGACAGGCUAAACAAAGCUCGAAAUGAGGAAGAUUUGAAAGCUUGUUGGGCAAUGAAAACGAGACUAUUUAACAGACGCAUUGAGGCGGAGAAGCCGCGAGAGUCCGGUGAUUGCCGCGAAGAAGCAUCCUCCUCCUCCUCCAUGGAGCCAACUCCAGAAACUAUUGGCUCUCCUCUAAAAGAAAUUGCCAGGUAUUCUCCACCUAAAUGGUUUAGCAUAACCACCAUUGGUCAAGAGGAGUUGUCCGAGCUUAGCACACAAUUCGAUUCACUUGAGGAAAUCGAAGAGUUGUAACUAAGGACCAUUCCUGUAAUUGAUUUAUGGGGGCGAUCAAUUUUUUUUUUGAGUACUAUUAUUUGGGGCAAGGGAUUUUAGGUGGAAGGAAAUGUGUAGGCUUGAAUUUGGUAAAUCUUAUUAAUAUAUGUAUGGACGUCAU